CUAGCUCAAAUCGUCUCUCCCCAGAUAUCUCUUCUGUGCCAAAAACAGGAAGAAAAGAAGCAAUCUGCAGGCGCAAUAGUUUCAACUUCUGGGCAAUAGAUAGAGUUUAGUUUACAUAGUUUGUGUAAAGAAUUCAGUAUAGACAUUUACUAUGGUAGGAUUGGAACUCAUACCUAUAGGUACAAUUUUGGCCGUGGUAAUCAACCAGGUCUCCAAAACAGCUCAUGCAGCAGCUGAUAUUCUUAUUGGUAAAGAAAGUUUCAAGGCCCUUUCAAAAUAUCUAUUUGAUAUUGAGCCAGUGCUGAAGGAAUUACAGCUUCAGGAAUUGAAUGAAUCUCAAGCUGCAAGGGUUGCCCUGGAGUCUCUUGAAGCAGAUGCUAAAAAGGCGAAUAAUUUGGUUGAGAAGUACAGGAACCGUGGCAGUUUUUACUUACUGGUUAAGUGCCGAUUGAUAGUUGAGGAAGUUGAACAAGUCACAAGGGAUAUUGGAAGGUCUCUGGCCGCACUGUCUAUUGCAAAUACUGAAGUCCUUUCAAGAAUUUCUGAUCAAGUUAAUAGAUUACAGAAUGAGAUGCAAAGGGUGGAGUUUGAGGCUUCACAAUCUCAGCUUCAAAUUGUUGACAAGUUAGACCAGGGACUUAGAGAACAGAAACUAGAUCAGGCUUUUGCAAAUGACAUGCUUGAGGAGAUAGCAAGGGCAGUUGGGGUGCCAGUGGAACCCUCAGAGAUUAGCAAAGAGUUGGCCAGCAUUAGGAGAGAAAAAGAAGAAGCUGCCAACAGAAAAGAAAGAGCUGAAGUUAUUUUCUUGGAACAGAUCAUUGAGUUACUCUCUCGAGCUGAUGCAGCUAGGGAUUAUGAAGAAGUUAAGAAGCAAUACUUUGAAAGGGUUCAGGUGAUAGAGAGAUAUGAUUCAAGGGAAAAAUAUAUCCUACCACUUAAUUCUUUCCUUUGUUGUAUAACUGGAACUGUUAUGGUAGAUCCUGUCAGCCUUUGCACUGGUACUACAUGUGAGAGAUCUGCCAUUGAAGCUUGGUUUUACAAUGGCAACAGGACAGACCCGGAAACAAAAGAGGUUCUUGAAGAUACUACCUUGAGGUCUAACAUUGCAGUAAAACAAUCCAUUGAAGAGUGGAGAGAACUUAAUUAUUGUCUCGUAAUAAGGUCUAUCAGGGAAAAUUUAUUAGGAAAAUCUGACCUGCAAGGAUCCCUGAGCCAAAUUCAGGCUCUAAUAAGAGAGAAUUCUAUUAACAAGGAUUGGAUUUCUAUAGGAGAGCUUACUGAUAUUGUUAUCUCUGUUCUUGGGAACUCUGAUGACAGAGAAGUGAAGAUGAAGAUUUUAAUAACUUUGAAGGAUGCUGUAGAGGGGCAUGCAAAAAACAAGGAGAAAGUGGCUGAAUCUCUAGGAUGGGAUCACAUUAUUUCCUGCUUAGGGAGUGACCCUAGCAUUUCAAAGGCAGCAAUUGAUUUGCUAUAUGAGUUGCUUCAAGACCGAUCUGGUUGGAAUGAAUGUUUCUGCAAAAAACUCUCUCAGAAUCAUACUGCAGUUCUUUUCCUUGUCACCCUUCUGAAGAAUCCUGUAAAUGAUUCAGCUGACAUCGCAGAAAAGAUUUUGAUGGAGCUUUUUGAAAUAAAUGAGGACAGCAUUACUACUGCUGCUAAUUUUGGCUGGUAUAAACCACUUGUUGAUCGAAUGAUACGAGGAACGGAUUCAAGAAUAUCAAUGACAAAAGCCACAGUUAAUUUGGAGUUGAGUGAUUUGAACUUGAAACUCCUUGCCAAGGAAGGAGUUAUACCUCCUUUGCUAGAAAUGCUAUCUGGAAAUAUUGAAUCAAAAGACUUGGCAUUAUCAGCCCUGGUUAAACUAGCAGGAUCUCAUUCCAAUAAGGGAAUCAUUGCUGCAUGUGGAGGUGUUCCUCUUAUUCUAGAUUUAAUGUUCUCUCCUCGGAUACGGACAUUCAUUACCAUUAAAUGUUCUGAAAUCCUUGAGAAGCUUUCUUCUGAUAAUGAUGGAAUUGUUUUCUUUGUUGAUGGAGAAGGGAAACAACUUGAGUUAGAUUCCAUCAUCACCAAUUUGCUAGCUCUGCAGCAGAGUUCUAACUCAGGUUACAACUUCCGAAAGCCUGUACUACGUGCUCUUCUUGGCAUUUGCAAGUUUGAGACUGGUUUGGUUAAGAAAGCAAUUCUUGCAGCUAAAGGUGUAUCUUUAAUUCUUCCACUUCUUGAUGAUUCUGACUCAGAAGUCCGGGAGAAUGCUAUCAAUCUGCUCUUCCUUUUCUCUCAGCAUGAGUCAGAAGGAAUAGUUGAAUACCUCCUCAGGCCUAGAAGGCUUGAAGCUUUGAUUGGAUUUCUUGAGAAUGAUGACAACGAUAAUGUGCAGAUGGCAGCUGCUGGUUUGCUAGCAAACCUGCCAAAAUCAGAACGAGAACUCACUAUGAAGUUGAUUGAAUUGGGUGGACUUGAUGCAAUCAUAAGCAUUUUGAAAACUGGCAAAAUGGAAGCAAAAGAAAAUGCUCUCAGUGCACUCUUCAGGUUCACAGACCCUACAAAUAUUGAUUCACAGCGGGAUUUGGUUAAACGUGGAAUAUAUCCUUUGCUUGUAAAUUUUCUCAACACUGGUUCAGUCACAGCAAAGGCAAGAGCAGCAGCUUUCAUUGGUGAUCUUUCUAUGAGCACUCCAAAGCUCACAGUUGUUUCCAAAUCAACUAGUUGCUGGUUUUUUAAAUCAUCACGAGUUCCUUUAUGUUCAGCACAUGGGAGUGUAUGCAGUGUGACUGACACAUUUUGUCUGUUGGAAGCAAAUGCUUUGCCUGGCUUGAUAAAGCUGUUACUUGGGGAGGUUCAUGCAACUGCUUAUGAAGCAAUACAGACACUUUCCACAUUGGUUUUGGAAGACUUUCCUCAAAGGGGUGCUCGUGUCUUGCAUGAAUCAAAUGCAAUAAGACCCUUAUUGGACAUUUUGAAUUGGGGAACUGAUUCUCUCAAGGCAGAAGCUCUAGGACUGUUGGAGAAGGUGUUUGUGUCAAAGGAAAUGGUAGAACACUAUGGAACAAUAGCUAGAUCACGUCUUGUUGGUCUUAAUGGCAUGCAGAUAUAUGGUGAUGGCCACCUCAGGAGAAAGGCUGCCAGGGUACUAUCAUUGCUUGAACGCUAUUCAAAGACAUCAUCAUCUGCAAUCUCUGGAGUUUUGGAGUGAAAUUCUAGGCCCUCAAGGAGGGAACAAGUUUCCUCAACUCUUAAUUUACUUUCUUUUUUAAUAUGAGUUUUAUUAAUCUCAUGUUAAAGGAGAUAAUUUAUCUCAUGUCAUAGAGAUAAACUUGUGGGCUCUACCAUCUAAAAGAAAAAGUGACACAGAUAUCGAAGAGUGUGUAAGAGAGAAAACUUAUCUCUAGCAUGACAAUAACUUUUCCGUUUUAAUAUAUUGGGUAAUUGUCAAUUAACAUAUUUAGAUACAUGUCGCUCAGUUUUUCUUGGAU